AUUCAUUUUAUUAAUUAAAAUUAAAAUUAAUUCCACGUUUACACUUGAUAAAAAAAAUCGAGAUAAGUGAAAAAUGUUCUAAAUAAAUACUGUUUUCUUCGAAAAUUACAAUUUAUGCAAGUUUCGGAUCAUUUUACAUUUUUUACGCCAAGGGAGGUAACUCAAAUUACUGGCUUUUUGGCUACUUCUGUCAGUAAAUGCUCAACAACAGCAUUGUUUCCCAGCAAUUUUAUUGUUUCAUCUUAAUUAUUAAGGAAUUUCCUUCAAAUAUUGUUUAUACUUUCUGGACAAAUUUUAUUGUAUUGGGUAUUAUUUAACUUUACAAAAUGAUCAUUUUCUAUAGAUUAUAUAGUGUCCUCGAAUUUAUGAAAUAGGCCAAGUUUUGGCAUCUAACAAUUUUUUUUGUGAAAUUCACUUUACAUACGAUAAAAUUGGCGUAUGACCUUAACUUUUAUUGGGUAUGAAUAAAAUUUUGGGGAAUUGCAUGUGUCAGCCGUAUUAUAGCUACUGCCUGAUAUCUCCGUGGACGGCCUCUUAAACACGAUGACAUAGUAACACUUUCAUCUAGUAUAAUUUAAUAUUUUUCCAGAACUGAAGAGAACAAUGCUUGACCUUCUGUUCUACGGCUUCCUGGGAGUCGUGGUCCUAUAUGCUGUACUGUUUAUCCUUAUUGUGGCGGGAGAUUGUGACCUGUACCUGCAGUUUGCUGCAAAAUUUGGAAAGAAAACAAGUGCUUUAAAAGGAAAAGUUGUAUGGAUUACCGGAGCUUCUAGCGGUAUUGGAGAAUAUUUGGCAUAUGAGCUUGCCAAAGCUGGAUGUAAACUGUGUUUGUCAGCUCGUAGGGAACAGGAGCUCAUUCGAGUCAAAAAGGAGUGUUUAUUAAAUGGAAAAGUCAAUGAAAAUGAUAUUUUGGUGUUACCUCUUGAUGUGAUAAAGAUGGAGACUCAUUCAUCAGCCACUCAACAUGUAUUAGAAUAUUUCAACAAGAUUGAUAUAUUGGUAAACAAUGCUGGUCGAUCCCAGCGAGCUCUCUUUGAGGAGACAUCGUUAGAUGUUGACAGAGGAGUUUUAGAACUGAAUGUUUUAGGAGUUCUCUCCCUUACUAAGCAGGUUCUCCCUCACAUGUUGCAGAGAAAGGAGGGACACAUUGUAGUUAAUAGCAGUAUUGCAGGAAAAGUCAGUGAUCCCGUGUCUUCAUCCUACACAGGGAGUAAACAUGCAAUACAGGGCUGGUUUUCUUGUCUGGCUGUGGAGACCUUUGACAGAAAUAUAGCAGUGACCAUCCUCUGUCCCGGUCCAGUGUUCUCCAACAUUCGGGAUACAGCUUUUACUGGGAAACCUGGAGAGGAAUUCAAAGGGAAAAUGAUUCCUUCUGAAAAAAGAAUGUCUACCUCUCGUUGUGCAGAGUUAUGUGCCCUUGCCAUCGCUAACCGUCUGGAUGAAGCAUGGAUUUCUAUUAAUCCCGUGCUUCUGUUCACAUAUAUUUACCAGUACUUCCCAAAUCUAGCUAGAGUUCUAUCCAGACGAAUGGGACUGAAAAUAAUAAGUAAGAUACGUGAAGGAAACUUAUGAAUUUGAAGUUGGAUUCACUGACAGAUGAAACAAACCAGAGAUAUAAGAAAUUCUUCGGUGGGCUGUUUACCACUUACUGGUAUAAAAAAUAUAUGAUGGACUCAACUAUAAAUUCUUAAUAUGUAUUUCUCUGUGAACAAACUUUUCUAGGGAUAUAUAUUUACAGACAAUCACUUGAACAUGCAUAUACAAUUGUUAAUGAUAGUCUGUUUACAAAGUUUGUGCAGUAAAUUUACUAAAUUGAUACUGGUAUUGAUGUAUAAGAAAUAAUAACCAUGUUAAACACGUGACUGGAAUAUGAAAUGAUCAAAUCCUGUAAACCCCAAAGGGCUUCUCGGUAGAUCUUAUCAUGUACCAUGUACAUCACUUCAUAUCCCAGUAAAGUUUUUAGUAUGCAUUUGAGACGAACAGGCCAAUUUAAAAUAUGACGAUAAGCGCCAUACACCAUACGAUCAAAGCGGUGACUGAAAAACAAAGAGCUCCUUGAUUGAUAUUAUUAAAAGGUGUAACGAAUGACCGAAAUCCACUCCAAAAGAACUGAAACCCACCAACAAAUACCAAAAUCCACCCAGGGUGACGCCUCUAGGAAUGUAAUAUCAUCAUGGAACUUCAUAUGAAUGUUCUUUUGUAGACGAUUUACCUGUCAAAAUUGACUUAGUUAGAGCGACUGUUGGGAUCGAAUGACGUUCUCGCUUCACGACAGUUGUCGAUACAAAUACGGAUUUCGUCUUUUUUUUUUCGGGACUACGACCAGCGGCGACAGACAAGCUGAAAGUCUAUUCGCCUUCUUGACUAUGUAUUGAUCCUUUAGCUUGUCUAGCUUCUCCUGCCUUUCGGAAGUUGAAUGGCAAGCGCCUUGACGAUGGGCGACUAUGGUGUCGUCAACAUGGAUAUAAGACGAAAGUAUUUUAGUUUGCCUAUUCAAUCGAACACUCUUUUCCUGUCCUACAAUGGUGUUUAUUUCACAGGCAAUGGAGCAAAUGUGGCCUACCCCAGAGUCCAGACACAUAAUUCCAGUGUUAACCGCGGUAGUGGAAUGCACUCACCUUUAACUACUGCGAACUCAGCAUGUGUUUUGCAUGGGUCAUAUUGUAUAUAUAUGUGUGUUGAUUGUCCCUUCUAUCUUCAGAGAGUCCUUUGAUUCGUAAGGAAAUAAUAUUUUUGAGCUCAUUCGCAACUUCAAUGAGGGUUUGUUGGCACUUCCAUAUCUUUUCGUUUAUAGUGUGGUGGCUAGUCAAUCAACAUCCGCUGACUCGAACUUUUAUUAUGUCAUUAGCAUUUUUAUCAUUUUUAUCAUUAACAGCGAACGCAAAAUGAUCGUCUGAAGAGGACCAAUUCCCUACUGCUCAAACACGUUUAGGAUUGUCGUCUGCAGAGGAACAAUUCCCUACUGCUCAAACACGUUUAAGAUUGUGCUCCCUACCUGCAUUUCCCCAUCGUAUUUUGCAUAAUUUUGUGAAAUGUCUCUUCUUUCCGCAUUUGUUACAUUUUUGUCUUUUGUUAUUUUACAAUUUGUGCCAACAAUGGAAACAUGUUAAAAAAAAAUAAAAAUAAAAAAUUCUC